CACACCCUAAGAAAGGUACGUUCAAUUUAUCAAAAUUAUUUGACUUUUUUCAACAGAUGCCAAACUCCAGGAUGAUCCAAUGAAACAAAGCAUUCCUGUCCUAGAGGAGGCACCAUACUUUGAGGACGAGGAAGAUAAACCCAUUCCGGAUCACCUUCAAACCUUGGGCCAGCCCGCAGCAGGUGUUUUCCUGUGGAACCAUUCUCUUGCGGAUCCGUCCCUGACACCCUCUCUCACGCCGGAUCGUCAAAGCAACCUUCAACACACAGCAGAAAACCUCAACCAAACCCCGCCCAUUACCCCAGUGCGCUCUCUACCAGUAUGUCAACGUAAGAGAAGGGUGGGGCUCUCAAGACGCCAGCUUGUGUACCCACUGCAUGCAAGGACAUUAUCAAGAAAAUAGGAACACAUUUUCUAUCAGCUUCUGCUAAUAGACUUUGUUGCUCAGAAAUGUAGAACUAAUGGAACAGCAUUGACUUUCUUUUCUUUGUCACAAAUCACUUUCUUAACCUUUUGUGCAAUUCACCAAGCUAAAAAGAGAGUGCAAAUUGUGAGUUCUGUUUCAAGUGGAAUCGAGUACCGGUAUAUAAUUUGAAUGCAUGUUUAACAGUUUUUAAUGGUGAUAUCAAUGUUUCCAUUUAUGGUUUUCACCACUGUGGUAAUAUAACUUAUCUAUUGUAGAAAUGCACAUUUAGCCAAGCAUUCUUAUAUGUUUCACAGUUUGUGCAAAUUGUGUAGUAUCUAGUAAUGUAUAUUGAGAAUGUACAUAUAGAUUUAUUUAUGUCAGAUCUGUUUUACAUGUAAAUCUGCAAAUACAGAGUAAUAUAUAUUAAGAACACAUACAUAUAAUUUAUUA